UGCAUUCUUGUGUGGACGGCGAAGCGAGCAGCCAUCCGCAGGGCAGCCGAAUUGCUCGAAAUAUCUACAGUGAUAAUUCAACAUUUAUCACAAAUCGGAAUUCAUCUCUAAAUUUUCCUGCAAAAACAAGCUUUUCGCCUUUUGUUCCGGUAAGAAGUCCGCAAAAACAAUUAUUCCAGUCUGCAUUUCAACAGGAAGUUGUGUUGCCUGGAGCCACCGGGGAGUCUUGUACCAUCGCAGCCCCGUGAGGGGUGAUCUGUCCCCUGCGCAGUGAGCAGCCUUUCAUCAGCCCGGAGGAUCCACAGCGCAGAAACUGAAUUUGGAGAAUAUUCAUAUAAUGGAUGCAGUAUUUUGGCUCUCGUAUUCCUGAAGAUCUAUGGAAUCCAAGCCUUUGGAAAAAGCUAUCCCAAAGUGUGCUGACGUCCUGUUGUGUCCAUCUGAGCCCAGUAUUAGGAGGGAACCCCUGACUAUGAAACACAAAAUGUCUGCUGCUAUCUUCAGCCCGCUGAUUCUCGUCCUCGUCCUCCUCUUACCCUUGGUUUGGAGCCAACAGGUGCCUCCUAACUGUGUGAUCAAGAGGGAGCAGGAGAAAUGCAUGGAAAUGAUGGCCUUGGAUGAUCCUGGGAACGAUCCAGAAUUUGGUUGUCCGUGGAUGUGGGACAAUCUGACAUGUUGGCAGCCUGCCAGGAUUGGUGAGGUGGUCGAAGUCAUCUGUCCUGAACUCUUCUCUCAAUUCAUGAGUGAAGAAGACUACGAGGUGGGAAAGGUGAGUCGUAACUGCACUGAGUUUGGCUGGUCGGAGACGUUCCCUCAUUACAUUGACGCCUGCCUGUAUGAGGAAGGAAACAGCAGCCAUACGGAUAUGUACUUUGUGUCAGUGAAGGCUCUGUACACUGUGGGCUACAGCACCUCUUUGGUCUCCCUCACCAUGGCCAUGGUCAUCCUGUGCAGGUUCAGGAAGCUGCACUGUACCAGAAACUUCAUCCAUAUGAACCUAUUUGUGUCGUUCAUCUUGAGAGCUAUUUCAGUCUUCAUCAAAGACGGCGUGCUGUAUGCCAAAGAGGACAGCGAGCACUGCUUCAUGCACACUCUGGAGUGUCGAGCAGUGAUGAUAUUCUUCCACUACUGCGUCCUUUCUAACUACUUCUGGCUCUUCAUCGAGGGCCUGUACCUGUUUACUUUACUGGUGGAGACCUUCUUCCCUGAAAAGAGAUACUUCUACUGGUACAUCAUCAUCGGUUGGGGAGCCCCCACAGUGUGUGUGACCAUCUGGGCAGUGCUGAAGCUACACUUUGAUAAUAUAGGGUGUUGGGACAUGAAUGACAAUGCUGCCAUCUGGUGGGUGAUAAAGGGACCUGUGCUGGCUUCAAUUAUGAUCAACUUCGUGCUCUUCAUUGGCAUCAUCGUCAUCCUUGUCCAGAAGUUACAGUCCCCAGAUAUCGGUGGAAAUGAAUCCAGCAUUUACCUGAGGUUGGCCCGCUCCACUCUGCUACUGAUUCCUCUGUUUGGGAUCCAUUACACUGUGUUUGCCUUCUCCCCUGAGAACGUCAGCAAGAGAGAGCGUCUGGUGUUUGAGCUCGGCCUCGGAUCCUUCCAGGGUUUUGUGGUGGCCGUCCUCUACUGCUUCCUGAAUGGAGAGUAUAUCCCUCAAGGUGCAAUCGGAGAUCAAGAGGAAAUGGCGCAGCUGGACGGUGAACAGGUACUUUGCUGUGGACCUGAAGCACCGGCAUCCUUCACUGGCGAGCAGUGGGGUGAACGGGGGCACGCAGCUGUCCAUCCUCAGCAAGAGCAGCUCACAGAUCCGCAUGUCCAGCCUGCAGGCCGAGACCCCGGCCACCUGAGCGGCACAGACGGGGACGCCAUGUCCGGCAACGACGCCGCCUCCGGACCUGACACCUCCAACCUUGCCACAUCUACCCUCGUCCCGAUGACCAGCUUCACCAACCCGUUCCUCAACCCAUACCCCAACCCAUACCCAGACGAAACCAUGAUGGAAACCCAACUCAACUCCAGCGACCCAGAACAGCCUCUAGUCUGACCUGCUUCAACCCUAAACAUGACCGAACCUGAAAGUCAGGUGCCACAUAAUGAAUCUCUUCAUGUCCCGACCUCUGACCUGGUUCGGAUGCAGCCGAAGUGAAAAACACACUUAGUCGUCCGGUAUAGGCUAAGCCUUUAAAUUUCAAAGGGCAUGAUUAGGACUUCUAGUUUAUAUUCAGUGUCUUGCUGGGCUGUAACAUGAAGAAAAAAGCAUGGUUAUGUCUCUGUAUAUAUUCUAUCAGUGUUCAAAGUUGUCUGGUGCUACAGUUUCCGCUGCUGUAUAGCACAGUGGGACCAGUUUAUUACUGCAGCUCUACAGUAUGUGCCCUCUCACAGUGAUCAUUCCAGUCUGUCUGAGGAAGUUUUCACACUUGUCCUUAAGUUUAAUCCUCAAAAUGUAUUUUAGACUAUAACUACAGUCUGUAUUCCAAUUAAAAUAGACGUCUCAGUUGCCUUGCCAUUUGAAAUAGUUUACUUAAAGACAGACAACACAUGGCAAUGUAAAUAACAUGAUUUUACACAUGAAGAUAAGUUAAAUUGUCACGUUGAGUACUUAUCAGCCUGUGUGGAUCUCAAGGACCUGAAAAAUAAUCCUAGUGAUGUCUUCAGGGUUAUUUCAGCUUGGAAACCUGUUAUAUAAACUAUGGGCAUGGCAUUUGGAAGAUGUGGGUAUUUACUAAGCGAGGAGGAUCCAUUAAAUGGUUAUUGUUUGCUGCAUUGUGGGAAAUGUGUUGUUGGAACUUACCCCAAACUCUGGACUCAAAUUCAUAUCUCGGCCUCUGCCGCUUCGAUUCUUACUCUCCCUAAUGUACAGAAUGACUAUUUUUGUUAAAUAUUUUGAUGUUACUGAUUAAGCAAAUGGUCAUCUGAAACAUUAUGGCUGAUGUCAGCGGAGUCUUACCGAGACUUAUUGAACGUGUUCCUUGCUGAGGAAAACAUCCAACCACAUUAACAACUAAACUGUGACUGUGUACUGGCACAAUCCUUCGAUUCCUGUGUAAACAGUGACGGAUAAAACAAAACAAUUUAAUGGGUGAUGAAGACAACCAGACUGAGGAAUGUUGAGGAGAAAUUUCUUCUGGAUCUAACAAGUGAAAAAGCAGUAUUGACGAGAAGGACAUAUUUUCUACGGUUAUGUGAAAUGCCAAAAAAACAGAGUUUAAAACCCCUCCAGGGUUAAAUGGGGAUGGUUGGGGAGGUUUGCCAACUACGACCACAAACACAAACCUCUCUAUAAAUCUCAGCCCUGAAAACUAGACGUCUGAGAAAAAGACACCUUUGGAGGUCAGCGCGUCUGUAGUUUUAAACAGCCGUUAGUACAGAAAAUGUCAAUGAAAAUGAACUUGUGACUGAAGCAUCAUGAGUUCAACUGCAUGCAUGAAAUUGCAUUUAUUGUCUGUGGGUUUUUUUUUUUUUGCUGUUGUUGUGUGAGAAUUCAGUGUUUAAUUGGAUGUUUAAAUUUCUUAACAGUUACUUUUUCUUCAUGAACUUUCAGUGCUGGGCUGUUGUGGAGGCGAUGCUCUAGUAAUACUGAUUCUCUUGUCACAGAGCCUCUUCAACAGCCUCCUGCAGGAAGUUUCAACAUUGUACUGGUCGAAGUGAAGGUGGUAACACCAAUUACCAUCUGAAAAAUGUUGAUUAAUGAGGGUUUCAUUUCAGACAAAUCCCUCAUGCUAUCUUGCAGUAUCUCUGUCUUGCUGCAGUUAUUGUCUCUUGUGGCAUUUUCUCUCUUAAUGCUUGAAAACAAGCACAUUGAGAUGGAUGUUAUUUUCGCAGAGGAACUUUUAACUCGGGGGGUAAUUCUCUCAUUCCAAAGACGAAUUAAUCGACUCCUCACUGAGUUUUUGCACGGCCGUAUCUGUUUGCAGAGGCUGAGAUAGCUUUGCGACUGAUGCAGAUUUCACCUUUGGUCUGACUCGACUAUCCUCUGAAUCCCAAUGCUCGACUCUUCUUCUUUGUGUCUCCAAAAGUGCCUUUAAGCACAAAACAAGUAUUUUGACUUCGGUUGAUGAUUUAAAACAAAGAGGAGAUUUGUCUGUUAAUUUCAAAACGAAACUGCAAAGUAAAGAAAAGGGUUGAACAAAGUGCUUUUAUGAUGCUUAAGACUAAAUCAGUAUUUUAAACCUGGAGGCCUUCAAAGUACUUUAACUCGUCUUUGCUCAAGAUGAGCAGAACAUACGACAGAUUAGUGUUUUGAAUUAAGCAGUGCUUCUGUAUACUAACUCAGUGAGUCAAUGUACAGCACACUAUAUCACCUGCACACAAGAAUAAAUAUGUUAUAGUUUUCUUAUUUUACCAACACAACCGUUUUAUUUUUCUCUACAGCAGAAAAAUACAAGAUUACUGGAUUGUAUAAGGCCUCACGUACCUGACCCACAACAGACUUUUCUUUAUGAUAUUCAAUAAAAUAUGAGACACUUUCUAUUGUCCAAGGGGCAAAAUUUCUAUUAAAUAGGGUUGAAUUUCCCAUUUCUGCAAUGACUGAAAUCUGGAAGUGUCUUUAAAGACAAACUCCAAAACAACAACGCACAUAUUUGCUGUUUAAUUUCUGAAUACACAUUAUUUAUGACAAUAUAAUAAUAGAAAAGUACAUCUGCUCAGUUCAGUGUUCUACUGUGUAUGUAUAUAUAUAUAUAUAUAUAUAUAUGAGUUUUUCUCCUCAUUAGCUGUUUGAAGACACACAAUAAACACAGUUUUGGUAAUUUGCAGGGAAAAGACGUCAGGUACGGAGUUCUGAAACAGACGAAAUAUUGUUAAAUAGUAAUUAUUGUUUAAAGAUAAAUGGUGGUAAAGUAAAAGCAUGAAACUUCAUCUUUCAUUUCACACCCGAGUAAAAUUCAUAGCAGUAUAUUUUAUUUUAAUUAUAUUUUUGACUUGUCUGAUAACCUUUUUAAACCAUUUUGACUGUUUCAGGGCUCCAUAGUCCAGACCUGGAUUAUAAAAUUGUUCAAAUUAUUUUUUUUAAAACACCACAUUCCCAGAAACAAUAAGAAAAGGCCUCUGUGUCCUCUGUGCAUGUAGGUAAAAAACAAAAAUUUUGUUGCUUAAUUAGGUUGAUAAGUAAACGUUUUUAGAAGUCAAUUGAGAAUUCAACACAAGUUACAUUAAAAGUUGUUCUGUAUCUGAUAUUUAUCAGUAAGUAGAGGUCACCCAGUUGCUAUUGAAUUGAAGAUUGCAAAUUUCUGAGAACUUAAAGAACUUCUUGUCCAUGUUAAUCUCAUUUUAAUAUUUUUUUUGUCAACAGUAAUUUUAUAGACUGUAUUUAACUUUGUAUCAGGUUCUAAUUAGACAAUAAAAUUUAGUAACUGAAGAAAAUUAAUUAAUUUAAAAUGUAGUAAGUCAAACAGUAAAGAGAGCCUGCAGCGUCCUCAAUGGUGGGCCCUAAAUCUAGGUUACUGGACUGGAACUGGGCUAAAUUAGUUUCUUACAUCUAGAUGACAAAUAACCUUUGUUUCAACAUCAUUUCAGUCAACUUUAUUUCAAUGUCCAUCAGACUUUUACUGGACACUUAGUUACUAAAAUUACAUAGAAACAUUUGUCCAGUUUUACUCAAAAUGUCAUCUCUUGCAAAUUACCAAAUUUAUUAUUUCUGGGUGGACUCGGUGCGAACCAGGCAAAGGCAAAGAGAGAACAGAAGGGCUGACCAGAAACUGUAUUGUCCUGUUGCUCUACGGUGUAUGUUUCAGUGCGACCUGAAAUAAUAACAGUGCAGAUCCAACAGCAGCCAGAAGAGGGGCCUGUUUCUUCUUCUGAUGUUGGGGGGAAAGGGCUGGAAAAUCACCACCUCUGCUCUGGUUCAGCUGAAUGUUCAGUCCAGUUCAUUAAAGACAUUAUGACAAUCUCACCAGGUCUUGUAUUUAAAACUUAUUUCCUUUAGUGUUAAUAUGGGAGUUGGAGCCUUAUAUUGCCAGUACUAUGUUGAUGUCAGACAAAGAUGUUGCUAUUAUUACAAGAAUACUUUUUCGUUUGAACCUGUUGUUUUGAGAGUAUGAAGUACUGUAGUUAGAUGAAGUGUUUGAAAGGUCUGUAGCCAGCCUGUGUGACUAAGUAAACUGCAGUUUAAAUGUGUGAGACAGAAACAAGCUGCCAACAUUGUACCUUGUAAAUGGAGUUUUCUGUGGUUAAAAGUGAAUAGCUGUCAUUAUUUUUAAAAAUUGCGCAGUGAUUGUUCUCAUAUUUUUAUUUUAAUGGUGAUCGUGUUUGCUAAAAGUAUAAAGCCUCCUGUAAUGCCUCUGUACUCUCUAAUAGGCUGAUGCAUGCGUGUUAAAUCAUUUUGAUCUCAUUUGACCAGCAGAUGUAAUCACAAGGGAGGGUCGAGCUUUCAGGCCAUUAAGGGAAUCUGAACUGUGUCCUUGUUUUCGAAUCCGCUGUGAUGAGUGGAUGAGGCAAUUAAUAAGCUGGAACAUGGAUAUUGGAUUUCAACUGUGAACGAUUUAUCGAAUUGUAGCUCUAGUGCCAUCAGGACCCAUCGAAUACUUUUCCUUUGAAUGUUAAUAUUUACAGACAUGAGGAGAAGUAAAGUGCCAUAAAAACUGCUGUACUCUUUUCUUUUCUUAUUGUUUUUUACUGCAUAGCAUGACAAGAAAAUUGGAUUUAAAUGUGUUUCUUUGUAGCUUUUUGAUGGUGGUUGUUUUUUUAUUGAAUUGCGUCAUUGUCCCAAUUGCCUGUUUAAAUCAGUUAAGAGGUAAAAAUGGGGUUAUGCAGUUUGUGUACUGAUGGCUGAAUGUAAAAGUAACUUAAGCUGUGAGCCUGCUUCUGUCUGCUCAUGAGCUCUUCUUUUUUCAUUCCACCUCUUUCACUGCACAGUGCACCGUUUUAUCUUGUUUCGGUGUACACAUUAGAAGGGUUUUUUGUACAUUUGGAAGCAUCGACAAUAAAUGUUUUUAACUUGUUGGCUCAA